AGUAUUUCCCCUGUAAUAAAUAAAAAUAAAAAAUAAAACAGAGCUUCCCUCUGUCUGUUUUCUCCUCCUCCGCCGUUAUAUAUAAACCCCUUUCCCUGAACCCCUCCAAAACUCUCGGAACCACCGCUAAUAUGGCCGGCGCAUUAUUUAGAAACGCUGCCACCGACGCCGCUCGGAUCUUUCGGUCGCAGCGAACAGCGCCGGCGAAUCUUUUGGGGAAGGUGGAUCCGUCACUGAGAGAUAUUGUGCGGUUGCAGUCGAGGCCUUAUUUUCAUGCGCCUUGGAAAGCAAAGGAAACCGGAUUCUCUCCUUCUUCCUUAAUCUCUGGUUUCUGUUCCUCGUCUUCCGCUUCUUCGACAGCCUCUACGGCAUCGUUUGCGAAGGUUGGAUUCAUCGGAUGGUAUUUGGGUAUGGUGAAAUCGAGGCCGGUUCUUACCAAAUCCAUCACAUCGUCGCUUAUUUACAUAGCUGCUGAUUUGUCUUCACAGACAAUUCCGCAAGAUUCAGUGGAGUCUUAUGACUUGGUAAGAACAGCAAGGAUGGCUGGAUAUGGGUUAUUAAUCUUAGGUCCUACACUUCACUAUUGGUUCAAUCUCAUGUCAAGACUCUUCCCUAAACGAGAUACGAUCACAACGUUUAAGAAAAUGGCCAUGGGGCAGACCGUCUACGGACCUGUCAUGAACGUUGUUUUCUUCUCUUUGAAUGCAGCCCUACAGGGUGAAAACGGUUCAGAGAUAGUUGCUAGAUUGAAAAGGGACUUGCUUCCCACAAUGCUAAACGGUGCCAUGUAUUGGCCUUUGUGUGAUUUUAUUACAUUUAAGUUCUGCCCAGUUCAUUUACAGCCACUUGUAAGCAACUCGUUUUCGUAUCUAUGGACAAUCUACAUAACUUAUAUGGCAAGCCGCGAGAAACCAACUGCCAUUGCAGCCUGAUUCAGCUCUCUUUCAAACCCUUUUUACACGCUCAAUUUUAUCUACAUGGAGAAUUCAGUUAUGUGAUUCAGGAAUGCAGAAAGGGAGCCCAGGAGCCUUUACUAAAGGGAGCCCAGGAGCCUUUACUAAAAGAAGCAGAGCAUUCUUCAACAUUCUUUGUUUCCUCUCUAUAGAUUUCAGAGAGUAAAAUGUAAAGAGUCUUGGAAGAACUAAAACUUUGGACAUGGUAUCAUUCUGUGUCCUGCACUCUUAGAUUUAACUCAGUUCUGCGUUUAUCAUUCCAUGUAAUAUUUUUAGUGAAAUGCAAGUUCUUUUAACUUUGACCAGACUAAUUAUUCAGAUAAGACCUAUC